GCUAGCCUUCAGGUACUGGCAUGGCUAACUAGUACAGUAGCUAGCGAUGGCGUGUCAAUGUCAGCUGGACUGCAGCUAGGAAUCAGAUCAAAACGAGCCUGAACGCAGGACUGAACUAAUUUCACCGUUCAGAUUCCAGACGAAGAGAAGCCAACGCAGAGGGAGGAGCUACUUCCUAUCGUCUUUUGAGGCCCUGAGCUUUUAGGCACCUGCCCGAGGCUUGUGGGACUGAGUUGUUAAGUUGAUAUUACAGUUGCCUUCUAAUCUUCAUCUAGCUCAGUUUGCACUGCUGUGCGAACUACAGCUCAACAGCUCAACAGCUCAACUGACUUGCAAAAGGCGAUUGGAUCACAUAGCUGCCGCUUUUGCUCCACCAUAAUGCGGACCCUGUCCUGUACCCUUCAGCUUCUUCCCCUCAGAGUUCCAAGAAAGUCUUGACGAGACUCUUGUUGGUUCCAAACUUCUCAAACUUCAAGCUAAAACGGAGGAGCCUCUACCAGCUUCUUCAGCUUGGACAAAAUCCAAGAUCAGCCAACAGUUCUCAACAACGCUGACAAUGGCGUCAAAGUCGUCGCCGCCAGGGGGUCUAGUGCCUAACGAGAAGGAGACCGCAAUCCCGAUGCCGGCGAAGGCGCAAGGUGCGCAAGCGAGGAAGCAUGAGGGCCUGAUCGACUACAGUAUGGUGGACGGAGCGAACCUGUUCAAGCCGCCAAAUCCGAACAGCCCGCUCGUCGCGCCCCUGAGGGACCUCAAAAAAGCAGGACUGAUCCCUCACGGCACGUAUAUAUACGACGCCAACCACCCGAUCCGGCUCCUCUUCCGGAUGACCGGAACCGCCGCCAAGAUGGCGUUCCUCAGUUCCAGUUUCUGGCUAAUCAUAUGCGCCCACGUGUUGCUCCUCAUCUGCUACUACCAGACCGACCAUAAUAAGAUCCGCAUCGAUACGACACCUGGCAACACGCCGUGGCCGUUUCUGCGGUCGAGUACAUAUGCCGGCUUCCUGGGGACGCUGGUCUCGUUCGUGCUCGUGUUUCAGACGACGCAGAGUUAUAAUAGGUUUUUCGUGCAGUACGACGCGUGCAACCUGGUCGCAAAAGCCGCGUGGCAGUUCACGACGGACCUGCGGACCCGCUUCGAUGACGACCGCUUCCCAGGCGCAACUGUCGUCCGCAAGAAACUGCUCAACUAUUGCAUCGCCUGCUGCUACCUCGGCUUUGGCUGGCUCCCGCACUACAAGAAAAACGACCUCCACGUGUGGACACUAAAACGAGUGCACGACCGACAGCUGCUGACGCCAGAGGAGGAGGCGCACAUCUUGGCGCUGCCCGAAGGAGUGAAGCCCGUCUUUUCGGUUGUCAAGUGGACGAUGUACCUGAUCUUCCAGGAGUUUCGGGCGGGGCACAUCACCGAGCGGUCCCACGACAUGCUGGCCACCGCCUUCCUCCGACUCUUCAACGGAUUCAGUACGCUGUAUGAGUAUGCGGCUAUGCCGGUACCCUUUGCGUUCUACCACCUUCUGAACGUGAUGGCUAUCGGGUACCUGCUGAUUCUGGCCUACACUCAGGUGUUUUCAUCCGGUUACUGGUCCAUCUUUCCGAUGGUCUUGACCGUCCUUUGCACGCUGGGGAUUCGUGAGCUGUCCAAUGCGCUCGCGGACCCUUUCGGUUGCGACGAAACGGACAUCCCCGUUCUGGACAGCGUCCUGCUGUGGGACUGGUUCUUCACCGACUGUGCGAUGGGGCACAUCGAAAAGUUCAAGUACACGGUAGAGUCGGAGUAGCUUCGACGGGUCACGUCGAAUCACUGUUUUGUUGUUGUAAGUUUGCUUGCCGCAAACAGAAAUGCGUCGAGGCAAAGUUGCGUUGGCGAGUGCUUUUCACAGGGCCCCGGGGGGACCGAAAGGCUAACGAGAAGCAACGAAGCCGGUCUGUUCCAAGCAACGCGAGUUGUGGGAUCUUAACAUGUCAUCUUGAGUUGCACCGCCUGCUAACUGAUUAAUCUUAGAAUUGUCAAUAUUUGGAGCCCGCGCUUGAACUUGAUUGCUAGCAAGAAGGGCCGGCUUCGGAAGUCGCUUCACAUGGAACAUCCAGGGAGAUUUCAGAGUCAAACUAACCGUUUAGACCGAGAAUUCUUACACACUUUGCAUUUGUUUACAAAUUCCUGAGGCCUCGCAUGACGGUAAAAAGGACAAAUAAAGAUACCGUACAAGUUUAUAGCUAGGCUAGAGAGACAUGCCAAACGGAAGAAGAUCGAUCGAAGAAUCGGCAAAACAUUACCAUGUUGCUCAAGUCCAAAUUUGGAUCCGAACUCGGUACGUUGCAAGCUCGCAUGCAUGUCCGAUCUGUACCGUA